CCCCCCGCCCCCCGGCAGACAGGUGACAGAAGUUUGUUAGAUGGCACAGGAAAUGUCACCAAACGCGGGGGGCGUAAGUCUUAGAAAAAAAGCUCCCCGAAGCCAACUGGGGAAGAGCAUUACAACUUGACAACCUGGAAGCUGGUUUUGCUUGUGCUGUUAGACGCUCUGCGCCAGCUCCUUCUUGCAGGAGAGGGUUUCUACACUGGAAAUGAGAUUUCUCAGCAAUCUUACUGUUUUGUAAAUCCUAAUGAGUGUCUUGUCUGCAAAAAACUACCACGUGCUUAGGCUGAAAUUUCUAAGCAAUGCAUCCUUCCAUGUCCCAAGCACCAUUACGCGGCAUUUUUGGGGUCAACAAUACAUCCUGCCCCAGGGAUAAAGAAAUACCUCUUCUCAUAAUUAAGGGAAGGGUGGCCAAGAUAGAGAGUUCCAGUUCGUGAAUAAACAAUGCAGCCAAGUGGAAAAGCUCCUUCUGUCUUAAUGAGUACCACUAACUGUGAAUUUUCCUUCUGUGGUUUCCAAAAAUGGACCCUCCUCAGUGGAACUCCUGAGGAGGACACUUAAACUAGGGGUUCAGGUUUCAGCAUCAUGAUCUUGUAAAAUGGGGGUAGCGGGGGUAGCCGAUGAUUCAGAGCUGCUGAGGCAGAUCUCCAGGUUAGGCUGGGGACUUUUUAAAUAGAGAAUUCCGAUGAACUUCACCUAAAUGCAGACUGGUUUUGACAACUGGGGCUGAAAACAACUUAUCCAAAGCUGCUGUCUCCAGGCUACGCCUUUCCAGAAGAACAGAGAUUGGCAGGGCGUUUGCGGAGAGCCUUGGCUUAUCCCAGAUGUUUCAAUCCGAAGGCUGCAUUUUGAACUUUGCUCUGAACUGACCCUGGAGUGACGCUCCAACGGUCUGUAAUAAUCCGAUAUUUUGCAUUCUAGAUGCCCCCAGAUCAAAUCUUUACUCAACAAACGGACUCAUGGUGAAGUCCCCAGGUAGAGCAGAUUUCCACGCCUUGGUGGAAGCCUCACUGAUUUAAAGUUAAGACAACCAAAACUCCCGGGAAUCCUCCAAACUGCCCAGUGUAUUUGGUCGUUGGAUGUCCUUUGGGGGAACAGGAGAAUCCAGGCAGGUUGGCUGCCAGGAAGCCCUGCUGUAGAAUUUUACAGUUGGGAGAGCCCCUCAAGACUGCUGUGUCUAAUCCCUCCUUUACAGAUGUUGAAAUUUAGGGAUUAAGUGAUUUCCCCAAGAUUGUGCAGCCUGUUAAUGGUAAACAGAUAUUCAGCAAAUAAUGCCCAAGAGCUUCAAGACAAACCCAUGGGCUUUGUCACAAAGGGCUCAAGAGUUAAAAAGAAUGGAAGUGUAACUCAGAACAAGUCGGGCUCAAAAGCUGUGUUGGAAUGGUAGAUUCUUGGGCCAGGGCAAGAUCAGAGACGAAGAGCAAAUAUCCCCUGAAGGCAGAAAAUCAAGGAGCAAAGGGAUUCUGCCCCUCCCCAUGCCUCACCAGUUAGGACCCCUCCCCCAUAGUAAGCCAAUAGCCCUUUCCGUAAGCUGAGUUCGCAUCACCAAAAAACCGAACCAGUGUUUCGUAUUCUGGAACUCACAGAGGGUCCUAAGUAACUGAGUUCAAAAUCCAAGCCUUUGUUUCUAGCUUUGAGGAGCUGGACACUUUCAGCCAGUUGGCCUCCUGAAUGAAUAAAUGUACAAAAAAGGAGAGGAGUCCAGGGAAGGAUGUAGUCUGCAAGCAGGGACUUCCCCACUUGGUUUUAUAAGGCUAGAGCAAGGCCCUGCUUCAGCGACAAGCCCAGACUCCUGCUUUGUCGAGGGAAAUUUUAUUGAGCACAUACUAUGUCCGAAUGCGCUGCCAGGCCGUGGGUCUGGAAAGAGCUGCUGACCACCCUUCUAGGUGCUCGGGACAUGCAAAACACAGAGCUUCCCAUCCAGAAACCCAUCCCAUUCAGAAACCAGGUUACUCUAGGAUGAUUCUAGACUGUGGUCUUAUCUUCAAAGCUAAAUAUAACAGGAGAUGCGACACUUUAGCAUGAUAGAGGCGUAGUGUUUGGAGGAAGAGUGGGUUUGGGGGUGCCCUCUUCCCUUUAUGGUGUUCCCAGUAAUGCUAAUAAGAAAGCUCCUGUUGCCCAGAAACCUAACAAUGCAAGUGAAAGUUCUGUUGGGACCUUGCUUCAGGGGAGUAGCAGGGAUGUAAAGCAACGUUUCCAGAAACAAAGGAAUCAAACACCGAGAGGGGGUUCAGAAGGUCCACAGGUGAUAGCAGUCAGGUCUGCCACCCAGUGACCACAGAUCAGGUCUAAGCAAGGUCCAACUACUCUUCAUCUACAUUCACAAGAACCAUCUAGAAUUUGCACUUUCCUGCUCGCUCCCAGGUUCCCUGGGCCACCAGGUUUGGCCUGAGGAAUCAGGAGAUUCCCAGAACUCCGUGCUGAAUAUGAGAGUAUGAACCUUCAAGAGCCUCCCGGCCAACCUCUGUGUAUUAAUGGAGGUCAAGGAUAUUUUUGUCUCUGAGAGGCAUUCCUCACAAUCCCUACCUAAGAUACCCCCUUCUAGGCCUUUUAAGUGCUGUUCCUUAGACAGCUGGGGGACGGAUCUGAUUCUGGACUGUUUAGGUCAGGCGCCUUCCCAUGGGGUUAGUUCCCCCCCUUUGCAAAACGAGUAAGACUUUACAAUGAGAUGAACAAAUGAGUUCCAAAUCCCCUUUCCACAUUAACAUUCCAUCAUUGUAACCCCACUGGGCUCCCUGUGGUUGGGGUCCCCUCCGAUAUUGCACAUCCAAACCGCAAAUCAUAAAGGGCAAAGAGGGCGUGAGGUAGGCACCCAUCAUCACCAGAACCUUCUGACGACGGGUAGGAACCCCCUCAUUACAAGACCUGCUGUCUUGUCCUACAUGCAGUCCCAAUGAAAAGAUUCUGGUCUCUUGAUCCCAUAGUGGUUUUAGGCUACAGAGAAAUUUCAGUCUGUCUCUUGGGGGCCUGGAUCAGUUUCAUCCUAACGUUUUUAUUCAGGUUGGUCCUGAGCCCCAAGGUCGUCUGACACCCUUCCGGGUUAGAACAACUGUGCUAAUAGGCCCUUGGACUUGGUUACCGCUUCUAACUGCUUUUUAGACACACGCUGAGCUCUGGAAGGACACAGCAGAUGGUUUUACUACACAUUUCAGGUUUAGGAUUCCUGUCAUUACCAUCCACAGAGACUGAAGUCCAUAGAGACAGAGACCAUCCCUCUGUCUUUCACUGGGGUCUCCCCGGUGCCCAGCACGGGGCCUGGCCCCCUCCUAGGCACUUCGCUGAAAACCUAAAUACUGGCUGUGUGCAGGGGCUAGAGGUGGGGAGGGAGAAGAAGGUACAAAGAGAUGAAGGCCCCAGGAUUUGUUUUCCUUGAGCUUAUCAUUUAAUUGAGCAAAUAAGAUAAACAUGCGAGUAAACAGUAUCCCGUUACUAAGGGAUACCGAUCUCCGGAAGAGAAGCCCCUGCGUGAAGUGGGUCAGAGGAGGCAUCGUGUUAGAAGCAAGAUUGGAGGAGGGCCUGGCAGGUGUAAAGGAGGUACCCAGCCUCCCCGGGGGGGGGGGGGGUGGGGGAGGGUUUGGUGGUUAACCACUAGAUGGUCAGGGACCGCAGGGCAAGGAGGAAUCCAUCUGGACCAGGGCCUGAGUCAAGUCUUAGAAGUGGAAGUGAGAAGGCUACAAAGAGGGUGGGGUCCAGCGACGAAGGGAUUGGAAGCCAGGCUCAUCCGUGGGUUUUAUUUGUCCUUCAGAAAGAGGAACACCACUGAAAAAGACGGAGCAGAAAAAUGUCCUAACAGUGCCGCAUUUCAAAGAGAUUAAUCGUACUGGGACACAAGGGGCCAGCCAGUUAGGCUGGUCAAGGAGUCUGGGGCUCUGCAGAGGAAAAACCCAAAUGAAUGGCCUGGUAGGGGGCACAGAUUAGAAGGAGCUAAACUGUGGGCUCGCAAUACCUCCCCCUCCCCCCUCCCUAAGGAUAAACACUCAAUACUAGAUAGACCAUAUUGCUGGAAAGUACUUCUUAUUUUAUUUUUGGCCUUCUAGAUCUCAAGCCCAGCCCUAUCUCACUCCUGUGCCGCAGCUGCCCUCCUCUUGGGAGGGAGUUUUGGAAGUCUGAUGCUGGAGGGGCGUUGUGAAAACCUCCUGUUGGGGAGCUCCCCCCACCCCCGCUUCCACCUUAAAUCAGCUGCUUUCCAUGCUGGGGAAGACCAGUGGCAAAACUGUUCUGUCAGUGCUCAGCCUACACCCUGAGACAUUUAACUGGCUUCCCCCGCUUUGCAAGUGCUCUCAGGAAGGACACACUGACGCACAUCAAAACGCAGAGGUCUGCCGCAGAGAGCAUAAGCUUUUUUUAAGCAUCUUAUGCCCUAUUUCAUUCUAUCAAAUAUUUAACAGUAAAGGUCAGAAAGUGAAUAUACUGUCCUUUUAGAGACCCGGGCUACGGUGGGAAUGGCGCCCUCGAGAGGAUGAGCGCUACUAAGUUAGGUCAGGUUUGCUGCUUUUUAAGAUGGACAGAGUAAACUCUUAAAUAUUAGAUCCUAAUCCCAGAACUGGGCAGGUCGACUGGAGAGAGGAGGGUGUACCCUCUUAUUUUCUCAGUCACCCUCUGCAUUAUCAGUAAAACCUGCCUUAGUACUCGCACGUGGCAAGUUACAGCCAGGAAAAGGCCACCCACGCAUCCAGAAAAACUCACCUAUAUACAACUGUGUGAUCGUAGAGAAGUCUUAAAUAAGUGUUCUAAGACCAGGGACUCACGUAUUAUUAAAGAUACUAAUUUGGGGUUGGGCUAAAAACCCAUCACUGUUUUGUUUUUUUCUUUUACUUUUAAAAAAUUACUUUUUCAUUAUGUUGAAUUAGCCAACAUAUCAUAUCACUGUUUCAAAGUGCAUGUCGCUGCAGGGGGCUCUGCAAAGGUGUGCUAGAACCCAGGGGGGAAGAGUCAAGUUCACCCAUCCUCCCUCCGGGGUUAAAUACGGUGUUUCUUUCCCCUUACUAGUGGGUUAGGAGCAUAGGUCUGUUGGCUCUGCUGUUUGUUGCAGAAAAGCGUAUUGAGGUCAGAGGGAACUUGGCAAGGUUAACUGGCUGUCCAGGCCCUACGAAUCUAUAGUGCUUUCUUUGGCCACUGUAUCCUAGGGUAUUUGUCAAUUGCUGAUACAUCAAAUGGUGAUCAACUCUGAGGAACUUCCUCAUGCUCAACAAACUCCCAGAAGACAGAGUUCUCACGUGUAGUUACAUCCCCAGGGGACCCCAGAUGAUAAUCAGAAUGUUGCUGACUGAGCGGGAAGUGGGAUCAACGCUCUGAAUGGCCAGUAGCAUCAAGCAGAGACGCGUAGGGUAUCUAUAGGAUGUCCCAAACACUUGCCCAUAGAAGGUGCUAGACGGAAUGUCAGUAGUGACUAACCUCCUAGUUUCCAGGCUUCAGUUCUGAUCGACAUGCCUUAUGAUCAGUUCAAGCUUCCUUUUCCUAACUUGUCUUCAAGUUCACGGUCAGCAUCAGUGCUUGGGUCUGGUGGCCAUUCUGUGUUCUUUGGGCUUCCUCUACCUAUGCUGUUCUGAUUCCUUUUGCUUGUUUUUCCCAUUUAUUGUCACAGCUGGAAAGUCUUGCUUCCAGAUUCUUUGGGGACUCCACAGAUAAUACUAAUAUAAAAUAAUUUGGAAGUAACACUUCCCAGCUGUGACCGUAAAAUAAAUAUGUUAUUGUUACCCAAAGACUUUAUAGUAACUGCAUGUUUUUUAAAUAUUCACCACCCUAAGAAAUGUGGUAAGUAGUUCUUGUCUAUUAAUGUUGGCUAAAGGGUUAGCAGAGUGACCCUCAUGCUAUUGCUGGUCUGAGUUUCUGCUUUUUUUUUUUUUUUAUUUUUUUUAUUUCAGAUUAAGAAUGACCCAAAAGACAUCACAGCUUUGUUCCACAGCCAAUGUUUAUACUCAAGUGCCUGAUGGAGGAUGGGGCUGGGUGGUAGCUGUGUCUUUUUUCUUCGUUGAAGUCUUUACGUACGGCAUCGUCAAGUCAUUUGGCGUCUUCUUCAAUGACUUAAUGGACAGUUUUGAUGAAUCUAACAGCAGGAUCUCCUGGGUCAUAUCAAUAUGUGUAUUUGUCUUAACAUUUACAGCUCCCCUCUCUGCUGUCCUGAGCACCCGUUUCGGACACCGUCUGGUGGUGGUGGCCGGGGGCCUGCUUGUCAGCACAGGAAUGGUGACGGCCUCCUUCUCCCGGGAGCUCUACCACAUGUAUAUCUCGAUCGGCGUCGUCUCCGGUUUGGGAUACUGCUUUAGCUUCCUACCAACUGUCACCAUCUUAUCUCAGUACUUUGACAAGAAGCGCUCCAUGGUCACUGCAGUUGCUUCCACGGGAGAAUGCUUCGCGAUGUUUGCUUUCGCCCCAGCGAUCACGGCGCUGAAGGACAGUAUCGGCUGGAGGUACAGCCUCCUCUUCGUGGGCCUGCUGCAGCUCAACAUCGUCGUCUGCGGGGCGCUGCUGAGACCAAUUGUCAUACGAGGACCCGGGUCCCCGAAAGCAGCCGCCCACGAGGGUCGGAAAGAAGUGCAGUAUAUGCUCGAGAAUGAGAAAACACGCACCUCAAUAGACUCCAUUGACUCAGGAGUAGAACUAACUACCUCACCGAAAAAUGUGCCUAGUGACGCCAACACAGAACUGGGACCGAAGGGCGACACACAGCAGGUCCUCGUGGGGAUGGGCUCCAAGCCAAGCCACCAGACAGCCCCUUUGUUAGACUUCUCAAUCUUGAAAGACAGAAGUUUUAUCUGUUACGCGUUGUUCGGUCUGUUUGCCACGCUGGGGUUCUUCGCGCCUUCCCUGUACAUCAUCCCCUUGGGCAUCAGCCUGGGCAUUGAGCAGGAGCGGGCUGCUUUUCUGUUAUCCACGAUGGCCAUCGCCGAAGUUUUCGGAAGGAUCGGAGCCGGCUGUGUGCUCAGCCGGGAGCCCAUCCGCAAGAUCUACAUCGAGCUCAUCUGCGUCAUCUUGCUGAUGGUGUCUCUGUUUGCCUUCACUUUCGCCGCCGAGUUCUGGGGCCUCAUGUCAUGUAGCAUCUUUUUUGGGUUCAUGGUUGGAACAGUUGGGGGAACCCACAUUCCACUGCUCGCCGAAGACGACGUCGUGGGAAUCGAGAGGAUGUCUUCUGCUGCUGGAGUGUAUGUCUUCAUUCAGAGCAUAGCAGGCCUGGCCGGACCACCCCUUGCAGGGCUGCUGGUGGACCAGAGCAAGAUCUACAGCCGCGCCUUCUACUCGUGCGCCGCCGGCAUGGCCGUGGCUGCCGUGUGCCUCGCGCUCGUGAGACCGUGUAAAACGGGACUGUGCCAGGGUCACCCUGCGGGUGAAGGACAGGCAGAGAGUCCUCGUGGGAAAGCUUUACAAGACAUACCUGAAGACUUUCUGGAAAUGGACCUUGGGAAAAAUGAGCAUAAAGGUCACGUGAAAACGGAGCCAGUGUGACAGGCUCCCCGGGCAGGGCCGCCACCCCGCUGGCCCGGAGGCAGGUGGACGGGGUGGCGGGGGGGCACAGGGAGGUACAGGGGCUAUCGGCUCUCCCCACUUUUAAAGCUACAUUUUAAAGGGAACGUACACGAGAAUACCACCAACAUCCUUUUUUUUUUUUUUUUCGCUUUUAAGUUUUCCCGUUCGAUUGUUUCUUAAGCCAAAACAAAAACCACCGAGCACUCUUCUGUACAUACGUCUGGUUGUAUGCAGGAGCAGCCGAGAGAUACAAAGAAGGACCCUAUGGCUCACAUUCUGGUUUUAAAAUAGUGACGCGAAAUGGUAAAGUGGUUUUAAGAGCUCUUGCGUGUGAUACACAGCUCGCUUACAAAAGGACAAUUAGCCCAGAUCACUGAGAUGAAAUUGGCCACUCAAAACAGACAAACAAACAAAACUUAAAUCAUUUAAAAAUUUUUCUCAUUUUUGGAAAUAUGAGCAAAUUACUUUAACACCCCCUUGGAAAACACUGAGGUCUCCGUUCACCAACUGUGGCCUCUCCGUUUUUCAAAUAUUCCAUGGGAAUGAAGUAUAGUUUAAGACCAAACAUUUGGUGAAUAAACAGAAAUUUAAAAAAAAAAAAAAGAUCCAUAACUUGAACUUACUUCAUCAAUGUGAAGAUUACCACUUCUUUUUAUGGCCAGUCAUUACCAGAAGUAUUUCAACACCGAAGAUAGAGAAUGACAUUCAAAAAUGUGUUUCCUGUUGCUUUCAAUUACUUAGAAAUAUGUGACUGUAGUGUCUUUAAUUUAAACCACUAUUUAUUAUUAAGUUAUUCUAGGAUGAUUAAUCAAAAGAAAUAAAAUCUGAGACCUAAGCAUCAUUUUUACCUCCUUUUUGCAAUCCUUUCAAUGCCUCAAAGAAUACUUCUUAUCUUGUAAAGUCACUCUCGUAAGAGGGUCAGGUUGUAAUGAUUCUUCGGUUUGGUCAGAGGCCACCUGUGCUGUUUGAAGGGGAAGAAAAUAAUCGCCUUAGCUUUUUAAAAUAAUCUGUUUUAUCACCUAAGAAUACUUGAGGAUCUCCUUUGAUCGGAAUUAUAUUUCAGUGAAUUGUUGAAGAAUUUGAUUUCUUUUCUUUUUGUAACCGCUAACUGUUGAAGCAUUUCUGUAUUUCACAUGGGGUAGCCGAGACGUGUGUUUUUACCAUCAUGAGUUAACAAGUUACAAUUUACAUCUUAUAUAAACCUUGAUUGCUCUAGUUGCCUGUUAUUAGGUAACUGCUCACUGUUGGUUGGGUUUUUUUGUUGUUUGUUUUUGGAAUUACACUACAUGUUUAAGUAUUUCUCAUUUUCUCAUUUUUCUGUAAAGAGGGCAAGUGUGGCUACUUACUUACACGUACUGAAUCUCACUCUCCAGGUGACGGUCGCUCACUGCUCCAUCUUUUACUCAUCUUUACUGUUAAUUUAUGACAACUCAGGGGGAAAAAAUGUAACAAGCCUAGUUUGGUUACAGGUACACACAAGCUUGAAUAUUUCUCUGCACUGAAAUGAAAGUGGCAUAGCUCAUCACCACCUGCUACAUUUUGUAUAGUAUUUUAUCAGCCAUAAAAAUAGGACAAUCUGGAAAACUCUCGGGGGCAGGGGAGAAAAUGACAAAGUGUCUGUGGCAGACACACCUAAAUCAAGGUGGAUGUAGCAAAUCUCUGUCACUGCUUGAGAAGGACUUUGAGCUUGUGGCAGUCUUGCAAACUUACAUGACUUCAGCACUUUACAACAUUUUUUACUAUGAAUGUUCAAUACAAUUUAAUAUUUAUAACUGAUUUCUGAGCAACUGGCUCUACGUCCGUUCUGUUAACUGCAUGAAAAAAAAUAUGCCAAUUUAAGUAUGUCAAUAAUCAAGUUUUAAAUGUUUGGAAGAAAAUUAAAACAGGAUUGCUGAUUUAUUCUGUAUUUGUGACAUUCUGGUACUUCUAGAUUUGCAAUAAAUGUAUGGCUUUUUUUUUU